AUGGCACAUUCUGAAGGAGCUUUCCUUAAUAGGGCACCUUUAUUUGAUGGAAAUGAUUAUGUUUUCUGGAAAGUUAAAAUGGAAGCAUUUAUACAUUCUCUAGAUGUAAGGAUGUGGGAUGUAGUAACAACAAAAUACACUGUUCCAGCGUCAGUUCCUAGUGAUGCUGAUGAGAAACUAAAAUUUGAAUUAGAUAAGAAGGCUAGAUAUGCUCUUCUUUGUGGUCUUACUAGAGAUGUCUUUGCCAAAGUCAUUUAUUGUAAAUCUGCAAAUGAUAUAUGGGUAAAACUUGAAACUAUCUAUCAAGGAGAUGACAAGGUUAAAGAAUCUAAACUGAUUACUCUUAAAACUCAGUUUGACAAUCUGAAAAUGAGUGAGAAUGAAACCAUUGCUGCAUAUUUUUUAAGAAUUGAGGAAGUUGUGAAUGCCAGGAAAGGUCUAGGUGAAGACAUAGAAGAACAUGAUGUUGUUUCAAAGGUUAUUAGCAAUCAAGCUAGUUCUUCAUCAAAAGAAUCAGCCUUUAAGGUUGAAAAGAAUGAUGAGAGUGAUUCAGAUCUAACUGAUGCUUUAGAAGCAUUAUUGGUUAAAAGAAUGGCAAAGAAAUAUGAAAGCAAACCCAAAUGCUUCAGUUGUGGUCAAUUAGGACAUUUUGCUGCUAGAUGUCCAAAUAUUGAACUUGAUGAUUGUGAUGAGAAAUUUGAGAAGUUUUCUAGAAAGAAGCCUUGGAAUCAGAAUAAAAGGUUUAAGGAUUUCAAAAAGAAAAGUCUUUUUUCAAAAGAGGAUCCAAAUGAAGAAUCCAGUGAUGCAGAUGAAGAAGGGGAAACAUUGUUUAUGGCUGAAAUAGUACAUACUCCUAAAUUUGAAUCAAAUGAGCCUGAAUCCUCAUUUGAUUUAGAAAUAGAAGUAGAUCUUGAAGAAGAACUUCUAAAAUCCCUGCAAGAAAUUAAAAGGUUAAAAAAAUCAGUUGCAAAUCAUGAGACUGAAAAUCAAAAACUUCAAGAUGAAUUAAUAAAAGCAAAUUCAAUUAUAGAAAGUCAAAAAUUCUUACUUGAAGAAAAAGAUAAAAAACUGAAUAUCUUGCAAUGUUCUUCUGAAGAAUCUACUAAUCAGAAAACAAAGUUGUUUUUCAAUGGAUAUUGUUUCAACUGUAAUGUUUUUGGGCACAAAGCAAUCUUUUGUAAAAAUAGCACUAGUCAAGGCAAAAGAAAAGUUAUUAGGUGCUUCAAAUGUUUUUACUAUGGUCACUAUGCAAAUCAGUGUAAAUUAAAUCUGAGACCUAAACAGAUAUGGAAACAAGUAAAGACAAAUGAAAAGUCCUUAAUUGUUGAAACAGUCUUAUUUGCUCAAAAUUCUGCAACAUGGGUGUUGGAUAGUGGCUGUUCUCAUCAUAUGACUGGGUGCAAGAACAAAUUCAAAACCUUAGAAAACUUUGAUGGAGGUUUUGUACGUUUUGGUGAUAACUCAGGAGCUUAUAUAACAUGA